UCAUGCUGCUGACAUCUCACCACCACUGCUCCGUGCGCUGAUGUUUACACAGCAGGGCAUUGUUCUAGGAUUCUCUGUUUCUCACUGUAGGCUGAUUUGCCUCGAUUUUAGUUGGUCAUUGGGACUGGCAUACCCUGGUACCCUUGGCUGGCUCUGAAGAGUUGUCUGGUUUUCCAGGACUUACUUGUGGGUGGAAAGAGCAUUCUUGGAUUCUGGAUCACCACCCAGUUUGGUAAACUCGAUGCUGGAAACAUCGGGACGCCAGAACGCCAGUAAGACGCAGCGAAAAGUGUGGACGGUGUGGUACCCACAGGAAACAGGAAGCUGUCGUUCUGAAGAACUGUCGCUUUGGCCCCCUGUGCCUCCACAGACCAUCUGAUCACCCGUGAGUUGACCUUCUCUGUUGCUCACAAAUUAUCAAGAUGAAGCACUUCUACAAGACUCUCCCGGUCAUCUGGGUCUUAUUUGAAGUACUCCUGGCUGGCCCGUGGACUGCCUGGAUGCCCGAGCACAUUAGAGCCUUCGAGGGCACCUGCGUCGUCAUCCCUUGCCACUUCAGCUACCCGGAUGAGCUCCGCCCAUCUGCCGUGCACGGCAUCUGGUACUUCAACAGCCCCUAUCCCAAGAACUACCCCCCAGUGGUCUACAAGUCCCGCACCAACAUCGUGCACGAGAGCUACGUCGGGCGCAGCCGGCUGCUGGGAGAGCUGAAUUUCCGCAACUGCACCCUGCAGAUCUCCCGCCUCAGUCCUGAGCUCACGGGCAAAUAUUACUUCCGGGGGGACCUGGGCGGCUACAAUCAGUACACCUACCCAGAACACAGCAACCUUGAGAUCAUCAACAAGCCCACCAUUGUGAGCCCCGCAGAAGUGGUGGAGGGAUCCGAGGUGGAGCUGCGCUGCGUGGUGCCUGACAACUGCCCCGACAUGAAGCCCAUCAUCACCUGGAUGAACCACGGGGAUCUGUCCGAGCAUUCGGUCUAUGCACAAGUGGAGGAGGAAGGUGGCACGUGGUCCCUCAUCUCCCUCCUCAAGUUCAUGCCGUUGCGUGAGAACCAUGGCCGUGAGGUGGGCUGCAAAGUCACCUAUGCCAACACCACUUUCGAAUUCGAUGGCAUCUCCACCUUGGACGUCAAAUACCCGCCCCGGAUCCUGCAAGUGAACUCUUCUGUGGAGAUAAUACAUGGCUCCCAGGUGGUGCUGGUGUGCUCAGUGGACAGCAGCCCCAUGGCCCUGAUCUCGUGGUUCAGAGAAGACGAAGUUCUGCAUGAGGACAUAGCUGGAAACCUCACUCUGUAUUUAGAUAAUGUCACCUAUCUACAUGACGGCAUCUACACUUGUGUGGCCGAGAACAUCUAUGGCAAGGACAACCAUUCCCUGGCCCUGGCCGUGCUUUAUGCCCCUUGGAAACCUGUGGUAAACAUGUCAGUGGUGGCCGUGGAGGGAGAGCCCGUGACCAUCCUUUGCAGCUCGCAGAGCAACCCUGAGCCCACGAUCACCAUAUUCAAGGACAAGAAGGCAGUGGCCAUGGGAGUCUACCAGAACCAGGUGGCACUGGAGUUUGAAUCCGUGUCCCACGAGGAUGAUGGGGAAUAUUGGUGCACAGCGGAGAAUCAGUUCGGCCAGCACAGCACCGCCUUCAACCUCACCGUCGAAUUUGCUCCCCGUAUCCUUCUGGAUUCCAAGUGCACAGCUGCUCGGGACACCGUAAAGUGCAUCUGUGCAGCAAAAUCCAACCCAGAGGCGGUGAUCACCUUUGAGCUGCCCACACGCAAUGUGACGGUGAACGAGACCGACCGGGAGUUUGUGUACUCUCAGAAAACUGGCUACAUCGUCACCAGCAUCCUUACCGUUCAGAGGGAGGUGGACUCUCAGCUCUACAUCGUCUGCUCAGCCCGGAACCUCUACGGCACUAAGAAUCAGCAGCUGCAGUUCCACCACUCCAACAGUCUGAUGUGGGCAAAAGUGGGGCCUGUAGGAGCAGUGGUUGCCUUUGCCAUCCUCAUAGCAGUGGUGUGUUAUGUCAGCCAGACCAGGAAAAAGAAAAACAUGAAUGAAAGUUCUAGCUUCAUGCAAACUGAAAACCCUCCUGUCGUCUACAGUGGAGACUACAGGAUUCCAGGCAAUCUGGAGAAAUCAGAGUAUGGGCGCUGCGACAAACGGCUCUUGAACAAAUGUGAGGACCUGGGUAUUGACUACGCCAACAUAGACUUCACCAAACUGUCCACCAAGGACAGCUACACCCUGACAGAAGAGCUGGCUGAAUACGCCGAGAUCCGAGUCAAGUGAGGCCUUCCCUCCCUCUCACCAACCACAGCAGCUCCCACGGACCUCCACCCAUUGGAACUAUCAUAGUCUAAUGAAACCCCUGGCCAUGCCUGUUGGCUACCCAGUCAGCCCCUCUGAGAGGACCCAGUCCCAUCAACUGGCUUGAAUGUCCUGAUCCUGUGUGACAUUUUCCCCUCCCUUGGAGUGCAUACCGAAGAUCACUCGGAUGCAGAAUAGUUUUCACAACCUUCUUUGGGCCACCCAGUCAGAAUGGUAAAAG